AUGUCAAUGAUAUCUGAUAGCGACAAUGAAACUGAAGUUGUUUCACGCAAUCUAUGUGGUGUUGUGGACAUAGGUUCCAAUGGGAUAAGGUUCAGUAUUUCAUCUAAAGCAUCACAUCAUGCUAGGAUAAUGCCAUGCGUUUUCAAAGAUAGAGUAGGUAUUUCUUUGUAUGAAGUGCAAUAUGCUGCGAAUUCGCUUAUCAAGGCCCCUAUUCCUACUGCGGUUAUCCACGAAGUUUGUUCUGCUAUGAAGAGAUUUAAAUUAAUUUGUGAAGACUUUGGUGUUCCAGAAACAGGAGUCAGAGUAGUAGCUACAGAAGCUACUAGGGAAGCAUUGAAUUCUCAAGAGUUUAUAGAUGCUAUUUAUGACUCAACAGGUUGGGAUGUGGAAAUUUUGACCAAAGAAGAAGAAGGCAGGAUUGGUGCUUACGGUGUCAUAUCGUCGUUCAAUACUGUAUCUGGGUUAUACAUAGACUUAGGAGGUGGUAGUACUCAACUAUCUUGGAUCAAAUGUGUUAAUGGGGAAAUUACUCAAUCAUCUACCCCGGUUUCAUUACCAUUUGGGGCCGGUGCUCUGACAAGAAGAAUGAAAUUCGAAAGCAAGCACGUCUUACUUCAGGAAAUUGUGGAUGCUUACAAGUCUGCAGUCACAAAGAUUGGCAUCCCCAAGGAGAUGUACGAUGAAGCACAGUUAAACGGCGGGUUCGAUUUAUAUACAUGCGGUGGUGGCUUGCGAGGGAUGGGUCAUCUUCUAUUAUCGCAGAUCAAAGAAUAUCCUAUUCAAACAAUUAUAAAUGGAUUUUCAUGCAGUUUUAGCGAGUUCUCAAACAUGUGUGACUACUUGUUUUUGAAGGAGAGAGUUCCAGGUGAAUCGGCAAGUAAGAUCUUUAAAGUCUCUGAUAGAAGAGCCAAACAAUUACCAGCUGUAGGCCUACUCAUGGCAGCAGCUUCCGAGUCAUUGCCCAAGAUCAAAAACGUUCAUUUCAGUGAAGGUGGUGUCAGAGAAGGUACUUUAUACUCGAUUCUUCCAAGGGAGAUUAGAGCACAGGAUCCACUUGUCAUUGCAACCAGACCCUAUGCUCCUUUGCUUGUUCACAAAUAUUUGGAACUAUUAAGGACUGCUAUACCUACUAAAGAGAUUCCAAAGAUAGUAUACGAAAGAAUAGCUCCUGCUCUUUGUAACCUCGCUUUCGUACACGCUUCAUAUCCAAAGGAACUACAACCGACCGCAGCACUACGUGUAGGUACAUCUGGUAUCAUUGCUGGGUGUCAUGGGCUAUCUCACAGAUCAAGAGCUUUGGUGGGAAUAGCAUUGUGCAAUAGAUGGGGUGGAGACAUACCAGAACCUGAAGAAGUGUACAAAAAGCUAUUGGAAGACAUUGCACUAAGAGAUGGUGACAAACUAGAACGUGAAAGGACAAUAUGGUGGACAAAAUACAUUGGCACUAUCAUGUAUGUCAUUUGUGGUGUUCACCCUGGUGGUAACAUUGGAGAUGGUGUCUUCCAUUUCAGCACUUCGGAGAAAGAUGAAUCGGCUAUUGAUUUACAGAUGCUAUCUAUAGAUGAGAACCUUUCAGGAAACGGCAAGCCAACUCCAACAGGGAACCCGAACAAGAGGAUAUUCGAAGUUGUUGUCAAGAUUAACAGAAACGAUCUAAAGACUAUUGCUUCUGUGAGGCAAAGAAUCAUCACGUUGCAAAAGAAAAUAAGGAAAUUAUCCCGUGGUUCCAGCGACAAGGUUAAGAUCAAUGUAGAAUUCUAUUGA